GACGCGGGCUGUCGGCCGCCGGGCGCGGGGCGUGCCGAGCGGCGCCACCAGUUUGGAUCUAUAAAACUCUAUCUUUCGUUCUAACGUCAUUAGUCACCAUUGGCUGCUUCAUCAUAUGUCGCGCGGCACCGGGCCGAGCCGCCCGCCUGCAUUAAUGCCGCAAACCUGAUUUGUGGCCUGUAUCGGCGGCGACGGCGGCCGGUUCGGAGGCGCAGCGGCGCCCGGCGGCCGCGACCCCAUGGAGGGCUACCAGGUGCGGACGCCCGGCCUGGCCGACGACAGGGACAAGCGCAAGGUGGACGACUUCUCGGGCCUGUACGGCCUGGACAACACGCUCCGGCCGCACCCAGAGCACGCAGGAGGCGAGGGAGCGUUCAAGAAGCUGAAGACGGAGGGUGGCUCGGGCGGCGUGGCUGCCGGCCACAGCCCCACCACGUCCGCCUGCCCGACACCUGCCCGCAGGCGACACCGCACCACCUUCUCACAGGUCAGCGAGCUGGUCCGCGCCGCUCUCACCCCUGCGGGCGUGGCGGUAGGCAGAGGCCGCUUCGGCCGCCAGGGUGUGCAGUGA